UUGGUUCCAAAGCACUAUUUUUCAAACUGGUUUGGGAAACUGUGCAGCUCCUCUAAAGCUUAUCAGGGUUCCUCAAUGAGAGAUCAGCAAAGUGGUGGAGCAGCUGGCUUGACCAUUACCAGUUGCCCACCUAACCUACAGCUUCAGCACGGUUUUGUUUCCAGUAGCAAUGUGUGUUAAUGUGGGGCAAAUAUAAAGCCCUAUGUGCUUGGCCAAUGUACCCUGUGGACUGAGUGUGUACAUUAAAGCAUACAUCAGAAACCUCAGAGCUCCAUAGUAGAUAUUCAAGGAUUUCUCGGUGGCUGAAAAGGUUGCCUAAAAAGACUGAAACUUCUGAAGAAGGGAGCUUUGAUUCUGGAAAUCUUACACCCUGAAAAUCUUUUAAAACUAGCUACUGAAUUCAGAUCUUGCUCUUCUACUGCAGACCAACACAGCUACCCACCUAAAGAUUGAACAUUUUUAUUCUAAAACAUGUAUCUCUGGCUAAAUUCCAUAGUGUAUGCAAAUAAUUGACCAGCAGUGUUUGACGGACAGAUGCCUAUCCGAGGUAUCCUUCCUAGGCAAUAUCUAGAAUCGAGGGUUUAAUGUUACCUUUUUUCGUAUGUUUCUUGCUGUUCAGGUGGCUUGGCAGCAGGAUGCCUAUGUAGAGCUUUCUGUCUCGCUUCUCUACAGUGCUUGGCAUAAUUCCCCCCCCCCUCCCUGAUUUUGUAUGUACUUUUCUGUGUAGAUGUGUACUUUACCUUAUCUUGAGCAUCUUUACACCACCCUUGAAAUAGAAACUCCAGAAAUAAGCUGAUUUGAUCACCUCCUGCUUCUCCUUUCAGAUGAAGAAUAGGGGAAGGUGGUGAAUAGUGGCAAAAAAUGAAUAUUUUUAUGCAUCUAAAGCAUAUAUCAGACGCCUAAAAUACUUUCUCACCUUACUUGGCCUGUAGGAGUAGAGCAAGAUCGUUCCAUCAUGAGGUGAUUGAGAGCAGUGUAGUGGUUUGAACAUCAGACUGGAGGGACCUAUGUUUGAGCUGUCACCCGGCCGUAGAGUUCACCAGGUGCCCUUUGUUCAGGUCCUGUGAAGAAAGCAACAUGGAAAUGAAAAGGUUGAGCAUCUCCUUGGUUGCAUUUCUGUUUCUCGUCCUGGUCUUGCAGAUUUUGUCCGCUGUUGACUUUGACCCAUAUCGAACCCUGGGAGUCAGUAGGACGGCCAGCCAGGCAGACAUUAAAAAAGCGUAUAAGAAGCUGGCCCGGGAAUGGCAUCCUGAUAAAAACAAGGACCCUGGAGCGGAAGAUAAAUUCAUACAAAUCAGCAAGGCCUACGAGAUCCUUUCCAACGAGGAAAAGAGAUUAAAUUUUGAUCGCUAUGGUGAUGUAGGGGAGAACCAAGGCUAUCCCCAACAGCAACAGCACCAACAGCGCCAGUUCCACCACUUCCAUGAAAGUUUUUACUUCGAUGAAUCGUUUUUUCACUUCCCGUUUAAUUCGGACCGCCGGGACUCCUCGGACGAAAAGUACUUGCUGCAUUUCUCGCACUAUGUCAACGAGAUCAUGCCGGAUAGCUUCAAAAAGCCCUACCUCAUUAAAAUCACAUCAGACUGGUGCUUCAGCUGUAUCCACAUCGAGCCUGUAUGGAAGGAGGUGGUUCAGGAACUGGAAGUGCUGGGAGUAGGAAUCGGCGUUGUUCAUGCUGGUUACGAGAGACGCCUGGCACAUCACCUAGGAGCACACAGCACCCCCUCAAUCCUGGGACUUAUCAACGGGAGAAUAACCUUUUUCCACAACGCAGUUGUUCGCGAGAAUCUGCGUCAGUUUGUAGAGAGCCUUCUUCCUGGGAACCUCGUUGAGAAGAUUACAGAUAAAAACUAUGUCAAGUUCCUGUCCAACUGGAAGAAGGAGAAUAAGCCGCACGUGCUUCUGUUUGAUCACAUGCCUCUCGUCCCUCUGCUAUACAAGCUGACUGCUUUUGCAUAUAGAGACUAUUUAUCCUUCGGGUACGUGUACGUUGGUCUCCGAGGGACAGAAGAGCUGUCCAGCCAAUAUAACAUCAAUGUCUACAUGCCCACCAUGAUGGUCUUCAAAGAACACGUCGACAAGCCUGCUGAUGUCAUCCAGGCCCGGGGUAUGAAGAAACAGCUUAUCGAUGACUUCCUUUCCCAGAACAAGUUCCUGAUGGCAUCCCGGCUCACCAGCCAGAAGCUUUUCCAGGAGUUGUGUCCAGCGAAAAAGUCUCACAGGCAGCGCAAGUAUUGUGUGGUUUUGAUUACCGGCGAAGGAGACAAGUUUGCUGCUAGCUACGAAGCAUUUCUGGCCUUUGCCAUGGCCAACACCAAAGACACUGUGAGGUUUGUCCAUGUCUACGGGAGCAGCCAGAGGGAGUUUGUCCAUAUGUUACUGACAGACGACGACAAGUUUUGGGGGAAGUCUGCUGUGGUCAUCUUGGAGAGGCGAAACAACGUGGGGCGAGUGGUCUAUAAAGCUUUGGAAGAACCCUGGAGUGGUCGCAAAGAAGACAACUUCAUCCUGCUGGAUAUUUUGGACCAGCUGAGGACAAACCCCGAAGUUCUGUCUUCUGAUACCAUCUUGGCAGACUUGAACGAUGAGCUUGCUCCUGUUUUCUUUCUCCGCUGGAUCUAUUCUGCUGCUGACUAUCUCUCAGAAUGCUGGGACACCCUCUUCCAUAGCAAUUGGCGAGAAAUGAUGCCCCUCUUGUCGUUGAUCUUCUCUGCCCUCUUCAUUCUUUUUGGGACUGUUAUUAUUCAAGCAUUCUGCGACUCAGGCGAUGAGAGAGAUUCGCCUCCUCCCAAGAAAGACGAAGUCCCCUCAAAGAGCGAGAAAAACGACACAGGCUUCACAAAAGAUAACAGGAUUCCAAAGAAGGGUUUUGUUGAAGUGACUGAACUAACGGACAUCACCUACAUGAGCAACUUGGUGCGCCUGAGGCCUGGACACAUGAACGUGGUGCUGAUCCUUUCCAACCCCACAAAAACGCCCCUGCUUCAGAAGUUUGCCCUGGAAGUUUACACCUUCACCGGGAGCAGCUGUCUUCAUUUCUCCUUCCUCAGUCUGGACAAGCACCGGGAAUGGCUAGAGUACGUGCUAGAGUUUGCACAGGAUGUGGCCCCCAUCCCAAAUCAAUAUGACAAACACUUCCUGGAACGUGACUACACGGGCUACGUCCUGGCCCUGAACGGCCACAAAAAGUACUUCUGCCUCUUCAAGCCUCACAGAUCGGACGGGGACAUGGAUGCCCUGGGGCACUGUGAUGAUUCCGACCUGGCGGAAACCCGAGGGAAAUCCUCCUCUUCCAGUCCCCGGGCCAGGUCGGUCAAAAGCAAACUCGACAAGCUAUCCUUGUGGAUGGAGAGACUCUUGGAAGGUUCCUUACAGCGGUUUUAUAUCCCAUCGUGGCCUGCACUAGACUGAAAAAAAAAUGGGGAUGUUGACAAAGAAUCUUAUCACUGCUGCAGACUCUGAAAGAGGACAACCAUAAACACCUUGUUUCCGGGAAUUACGUUGUGUCGACUAGAGGGUAGCUUUUUAGAGAAAAUUCUCCUAGGCCCAGUGAAUUAGAAGCGUCUUUCCCAUGUUUUUCAACCUAGGAGCAAUGGAAAUAAAAAUGCACUGACUUCCACUCUGGUACCAAAUGGUUCUAACGUUCUGGAGCUACGCAACCGAAGACCGACAGUAGCCAGUGACGGACUCUCUUUCCUGCUUUCCCGGCCUCCUUCGUUUCUGCCGUUGGGUUUUUCUCCGAUGUCGGUAGAAACUUCCGGCCUUGCUGCUAUGGGAGCUCAUUUUGUGUACUGAUUUUUUUAAUUAUUAUUAUUGUUUGGUUUUUCAUUUUUACUUAAGUGAACCUUGUUCAAAAGCAGUUUGGGCCACGCUGCUGCUCCUCUUCCCAUGCUUAGGCUGUGGCGCAUCCUACCGGGCCCAUUCUGCAGAGAGCUCGCUGCGUCUUGUAUCAAGAGUUUUUACCUUGUGGCUUCCCCCACCCCCCCAAUGAAAAAUUAUUUGGGAUGCGUUUGGGGGUAUCUCCCUUUUGUAGCAAAAGACUAAGGGGGUAGGAAAAGGCAGUGGGAGGUAAUGUACUGUCUGCAUGCUCUCCAGGCUCCUGUGCAAUAAACCUACGUACGGAAUUCA